AUGAAAUUGGAAUUCACGGAGAAAAACUACAACAGCUUCGUGCUGCAGAACCUGAACAAACAGAGGAAACGCAAAGAGUACUGGGACAUGGCCCUGACUGUGGACCACCAUGUCUUCUUUGCACAUCGCAACGUGCUGGCUGCUGUCUCUCCACUGGUGAAGAGCCUCAUCUCCAGCAAUGACAUGAAGACCACCGAUGAGCUCUUUAUCACCAUUGACCCCAACUACCUGAGUCCGGCCACAGUGGACCAGCUCCUGGACUACUUCUACAGCGGCAAGGUGGUGAUCUCGGAGCAGAACGUGGAGGAGCUCCUGCGUGGGGCCCAGUAUUUCAACACACCACGCCUUCGAAUCCACUGUAAUGACUUCCUGAUUAAGUCCAUCCGCCGAGCAAACUGCUUGCGCUACCUCUUCUUGGCUGAGUUGUUUGAGCUCAAAGAGGUAUCAGACUUGGCCUACUCUGGCAUUCGUGACAACUUUCACUACUGGGCGAGUCCUGAGGGCUCUAUGCACUUCAUGCGCUGUCCACCUGUCAUCUUUGGCCGCCUGCUCCGAGAUGAAAACUUGCAUGUGCUCAAUGAGGACCAGGCUCUCAGCGCACUCAUCAAUUGGGUGCACUUCCGGAAGGAUGAGCGGGAGAAGUAUUUCAAGAAGUUCUUCAAUUACAUCAACCUUAAUGCCGUCUCCAACAAGACACUGAUGUUUGCCAGCAACAAGUUGAUGGGCAUGGAGAACAGCUCGGCCCAUGUGACCCUGAUUGAGAGUGUCCUUAUGGACCGAAAACAGGAGAGGCCAUGCAGCCUGUUGAGCUACCAGCGGAAAGGCGCCCUGCUUGAUUCAGUGGUCAUCCUAGGGGGCCAGAAGGCCCAUGGGAAGUUCAAUGAUGGCGUGUUUGCCUAUAUCAUCCAGGAGAACCUGUGGUUGAAGCUGUCAGAGAUGCCCUAUCGGGCCGCAGCGCUUAGCGCCACCUCGGCUGGUCGCUACAUCUACAUCUCUGGUGGCACCACUGAGCAGAUUUCAGGGCUGAAGACAGCUUGGCGGUACGACAUGGAUGACAACUCCUGGACCAAGUUGCCAGACCUGCCAAUUGGGCUUGUCUUCCACACCAUGGUGACCUGCGGGGGGACAGUGUACUCAGUGGGUGGGAGCAUUGCUCCAAGGCGGUAUGUCUCCAACAUCUAUCGCUAUGAUGAGCGCAAGGAGGCCUGGUGCCUGGCAGGGAAGAUGAGCAUCCCUAUGGAUGGCACAGCCGUGAUCACCAAGGGUGACCGGAACCUGUACAUUGUCACUGGGCGGUGCUUGGUGAAGGGCUACAUUUCUCGGGUUGGAGUGGUGGACUGCUUUGAUACCACCACUGGGGAUGUGGUCCAGUGUAUCACCUUCCCCAUUGAGUUCAACCACCGGCCCUUGCUCUCUUUCCAUCAGGACAACAUCCUCUGUGUACACAGCCACCGGCAGAGUGUGGAAAUCAACCUGCAGAAGGUAAAGGCCAACAAGACAACCACCUCGGUGCCUCUCUUGCCCAACAACUGCCCCUUGGAUGUGUCCCAUGCUAUAUGCUCCAUUGGAGACAGCAAAGUGUUUGUCUGUGGGGGUGUCACCAUAGCCAGUGAUGUCCAGACAAAGGACUACACCAUCAACCCAAACGCCUACUUGUUGGACCAAAAGAUGGGCGAGUGGAAGACCCUGGCCCCCCCACCGGAAGCACUGGACUGUCCUGCCUGCUGUCUAGCCAAGCUGCCUUGCAAGAUUCUUCAAAGGAUUUAAACAACUUU